CUCUCACUGUGACUUUAAGUAAAUUAGAUCUGAGAAUAAUUAGGGUUUCCUUCCGCCGCCGCCGCUGUCGUCAACGAUUCACUUUGCGUUAAUGGCGGUAUCGUACAAUGCAUUAGCGCAGUCAUUACAGGCGACAAGUAACUGCUUCAUCCCCAAAGCCUUGUGCAUCAAGCAGAGAAGCAGCAGAUCCAGUGGUGUCGUAUUCGCUUCUAAUGAUAACAACAUUGCUCUCCAAGCUAAGGUAGAUAACUUGUUGGACCGAAUCAAAUGGGAUGAAAAAGGAUUAGCUGUGGCAAUAGCACAAAACGUUGACACUGGAGCUGUGUUAAUGCAAGGCUUUGCUAACAGAGAGGCUCUCUCCACAACCCUCACUUCUCGUAAAGCUACAUUCUUCAGCCGAUCAAGAUCAAUCUUAUGGACUAAGGGAGAGACAUCCAACAACUUCAUCAACGUCCUCGAUGUUUAUCUUGACUGCGACCGUGAUUCGAUAAUUUAUCUUGGAACACCUGAUGGACCUACGUGUCACACAGGCGCGGAGACUUGUUACUACACCUCAGUGUUGGAUCAACUAAACAAUGAUGAGGCUUCAGGAAACAAGCUAGCAUUAACAACAUUGUAUUCACUAGAAUCAAUCAUUUCAAAGCGGAAAGAAGAAUCAACAGUUCCUCAGGAAGGCAAACCAUCGUGGACUAGACGGUUAUUGACGGAUGACGCUCUGCUUUGCUCAAAGAUCAGGGAAGAAGCAGACGAGUUAUGCAGAACACUGGAGGAUAAGGAGGACGUUUCAAGAACAGCAUCGGAGAUGGCUGAUGUGUUGUACCAUUCGAUGGUGCUUCUGUCUAAAAGGGAUGUGAAGUUUGAAGAUGUUCUUGAAAUUCUUAGGAGACGCUUCUCUCAGUCUGGGAUCGAGGAGAAGCAGAACCGCACAAAGUGAUCGUUUACAAGUGUUGAAUAAUGUUGCAUUUGCGAUAAUUCUCUUUGAAGUUAGUCUUUCAGUUAAUGCUGUUCCACUAAUUUGUUCAGCCUGGAACUUUGUACUGUACAUCAGAUGUUCUAUCAGAUAAAGAGGAUAAUAAAUCUAUAUUCUGUUAAUCGUAUUUCUAUUAAUGAAAUUUAGUUAGCAAAGA